CAUUUGACAUUAAAAUUGAAUACUCAAAUCCUAGGCCCAAACCCAUAUUACUAAGCUGCUAAGCGGGCCAAACUAAUGGCCUAAUUAGUAUGAUAACCCGACCCAGACCGGACAAAUUACUAUCUUAGUCUUCAUUUAGGACUUGCUCAAAACGUCGCCGUAUGGAACUCCCUCGUCAACUCUGAAAAUAUUCCGUUAUUAUUACUGGUUUAAAUUCCAUACUACCGUUCUCGAUUUUGCAUAUCAGAUAUCUCUACACAUCAAUCUUCUUCAUGCUUGCUGUCAAUUUCAAGAUAUUUGUUUACUAAAUUCAAUUAAUUUGCGCAUAUAUUGUUUAUAUAUUGUACAUCGUGUAUAAGGAAAAUGCUGUAUUGUAUAUAGACGAGUCAACGAAAAUCCAGUUAGAACCCUAAUUGUUCGAUCGAGUUCGAUUGUUUUUCCAAUGGCGGAUCAAGAGGAGGAGGAUUUCAAAUUGGCGCUGAGACUAAGUAUGCAGCAUCACGAUUCGCCGGAGCCGGGGCCGGAGAGGAGCAACUCCGGCGCCGGAAAUGAGGCCGCGGAUGUGAAAUUAAGGGGUUUUGAAGAUGAGGGUAAAAGCGAAGGCGCGAGCUUGGAGAAAAUUGACGGAGCAAGUGGAAUUUCUGAGACGGAGUUAUCUUUGACGGAGGCUAAUCAGCUCUUCGUGAUGAUUUUCGGUGACAGAGUUAGUCGGAAUGUGCUUGCACAGUGGACUAAUCAGGGAAUUAGGUUUAGUGAAGAUCCAGAAACUUCAAUGGGGCUAGUACAGCACGAAGGUGGGCCGUGUGGCGUGUUGGCUGCUAUACAGGCUUUUGUACUCAAGUAUCUUCUAUUUGCUCCAGAGGAAUCUGAUAAUGUCGUGCCGAAUAAUUUGUCAAAUUCGGGUACGAGAAAAGUGCCCGAGAAUGAAUGUUUGGUGACAGAUAUUUUACAGUCUCUUUCAGAGGAAGAAAAAUCGAGAUCUUUGGUUAGGAGUAUGAGCGAAAUACUCUUUCUAUGUGGAAGAAAUGAAACAGCAGUAAUAGCAUCGUUAAAUAUUCUCGAUUGUGAUUUGUUGGAGUCCGAGAAAGUCUCGGUGGAUGAGGUAAUUGCAAAGGCACUUGAAAGUGUUUCUGUUGAAUCGGGUUCUGACUUGCAGAAGGUUCUGAGAGUUAGCACGUGCACUUCUCUGUCCAGUGCCGUCCAAAAGCUCGAAAACGGGCUUCCUAUUUUCAGAAGCCGCAUGGGAGCAUUGCUCUUCUUGAUUUCCGCAUUAUUGUCUCGUGGACUGAAAACAGUUCAAGAAGAUAGGGACGACCCAAGUCAACCGUUAGUCACCGCUCCAUUCGGGCAUGCAUCGCAGGAAAUCGUAAACCUGUUACUUUCCGGGAGUGCAGUUGCUAACGUGUUUGACGGAAAUAUGGAUUUAGGGGGCGGCAUGUUUUUAAAGGGCAUCUCGACAAACGUAAAGAUCGGAUUCCUCACUCUAUUAGAGUCCCUCAAUUAUUGCAAAGUCGGUCAAUAUCUCAAAAACCCGUGUUUUCCGAUUUGGGUCGUGGGGAGUGAAUCCCACUACACGGUUCUAUUCUCACCCGACUCCAAAAUCCAAGAGCAAAACGAACUCGAAGAGAGAGAAGCACAUAUCCGAAGAGCCUUCGAUGCUAAAGACGAAAGUGGAGGAGGUGGCUUCGUAAGCAUCGAAGGAUUCAAUCAAGUGAUCGAAGAAACGGGCAUUAAACUUACCCGCGAGAAAACGGAGCGGCUUUGUGGGACGGGUUUCGCUGUAUGGAGCGAAUUUUGGAAGGUUCUUUUGGAUUUGGACAAUAGUUUGGGUGGAAUGAAGGAUUACGGCACGAGUGGAUUAAUGGGAGAGAAAGUGUUUGAUCUUUACCAUUUUAAUGGGAUAGCUAAAUCGAUUGGUUCUUCUGGAAACGAGAAUAGUUUGAUUCAAAGACCUAGGUUGACCAGAUUGAGGGUUUCGGUUCCGCCUAAGUGGACAUCCGAGGAAUUGUCGGCUGAUGUGGCGGAUAGAUAUGGCCCGCAUUUGGACCAAUCCGGAAGCGACAAGUGUACUAGUAGAGUGUCGGAGGUUCGACUUGCUCAACACGCGCCGUUGGUUGAUUGUGUAAGGACUAGGUGGUCUGAUGCUUUGUGUAACUGGGAAGGUGAUGCACCUAGUAUUGUCUAAAUCUGAUUUUGCACCUUAUUCUAUUUUUUUUGGAAGAGAAAUGAAAUGUCAUUGAAUUUAUUGUUUCUAGAUUUUCUAAUUUAUUGAAAAUUACUUAAAUGUAAAUUAUAACGUUGUUGUACUUGUACUAUGGGUGGAAAUCGGACAAGUUUUCGGAA